GACUGUCUAUUCCUCUGAUUUGCUGUCCAGCACACCUUUGACAUUCAUCACACUGCACCGGUCUGCGAAGCCGUUGAACUUAUCGCCUUUGAGAUCGAACAAUUCUUUCCCGGCUCUUAUUCCUUCCGACAUACUCCAAUCCAUCUGCUUUGACCCUUUGAACCAUUGGACUCAAUCGCACAGCCCACCAUAUCUUGCCUUUGCUUCUUCAUCGCGCUUGAUCCGUCACAUUCAGAUUCAACUACUAUCGCCAAUCCACUUGGGCAGGAUCAAUAUGGGCAAGACGUUCCGCAACAUCGUCCUCGCCUCGACUGGUGACUUUGGAGACAAGUCGGACAAGAUCAAGAAUUGGGUGGAACACGCUGGGGGCAGAUUCAGCAAAGAAAUCACCAAGGAUGUAACACAUCUGGUGGCAAGCCAGCGCGCCUGGAAGAAAUACCAUCCCAUGGUCAAAGAGGCCCGCCGCCUUCGCUCAAUACACAUCGUUAAGCUCGAUUGGCUGGAAGACUCUCUGACCUCGAAAACCCGCAAACCGUUGGAGACCGCGAAGUAUGCCUUUGAGCAGCGCAAGAUCAAGAUCAACAAAGUGCGCAAGAGGAAACGAGCAACAGACACGGACCAAGCCGAGGAGGAGCAAGAACAGGACCAGGUAGAAAUGGUGACUCAGGACCAUAUCGACAGCAAGGCGGACGCAGACGCGGGCGAUCAGCAGAAGAAUAAGAAACGAAAGACUGUCUCGAUCUCCGGUCCAGCUCCCCCGAAGAGCGGCACGCCAAAGCGACGGAAGCAGCGGAAGAAGACUGGCACGACCGAGGCAGAAGACUGGGAUCUAAGCAAGGAUGCACGGAUCGAAAUAUCAGCAAGAGAACUGGAGAACGAAUGCACAGAAUUCCAGAAAGAACUCGGAGAGGCCGGCUACCGCCCGUUCACCGACGGCAACGGCUUCACCUUCCUCAUCACGCUGCUGCGCAAAGACAUUCUCAAAAAUCGCCUCGAGAGACAUCGCCUCAAGGUGCGUUACGCACCCUAUUUCUCUUUACAGCCUGCCACCUUCUACACGAUCUGCAAUCAAGGGCCAGACCGGCAACGAAAGUUGUCCGACGAGGGAUACUUUGCAUGUCCUGUCUCACAGCCCGACAUGCAUACAAUGCCGAUGGAUGGUGCUGCCAUGUCGUCAAGACCAACCCUCCCACCCUGCCCGGUACCAUUGUACUUCUUCCCCAAGCCCUACCCCUAUUUCCACGCUCCUGUCGUUGCCACGUCCCUUCCCAAAUACCUCACGCCCUCGAAUCCCGCUCUGCGCGUCCACAUUCCAAACCCAUGGGCUCAGACUGUGCAGCUUUUCGAGUACGAUCCCGCUCUCAAUCCGAACGAAACCAUGACGUGUUUCUCGAACGAGCCGCCACGCAAAUCAUACGCUUGCUACACGGUCUACACACGAAGUGAUCAACGAUAUGUGUCGACAUUGGCACCGCCGGGAAGUACUUUCGACUUUGCAUUUGCGAUGUUCAGCAAAUUCUUCCACAAGAGGGUUGGCGUGGAGUGGAGUGAUCGACAUGAUGCCACCGUUCGAUCGGAGCGAAACAUGUGCGGUGAUGGAGCUGGGGAUGCUGGUUUCUUCGAAUUCUUUGGACCGGUUGUCGUGAAGCAGAUGAGCAACAAUACUGCUGUGGGCGACUCUGUGGAGGCGAGACAACGGAAACCCAGUGUGACUAUGGUUGUCAAUUGCCCGGGGUCUGUACGGGAUGACCAAGUCGACGUCAAGGCGAAGACACCGGAUGGAGGAUGGUAGGAAGAGGCGGCAAGGCGCCGUCAGUGACGUUGCGGCGGUUUGGAUAUGUGCUGGCGAUGACGGAGCGGCUUGCUCGAGCUAAAUGGUCAGUCACGCCACUACUGAGACGGAAGCUGAGUUGGUGUAUUCGCAGCAUCUCG